UACAUGCACGGUGUUUCUAUGAACCUACAGGACUGUGAUUUCUCUACUACAUGCUGUGGUCUCUGCAAUCUAGACAUAUAAAGUCCAGCAGGAAGAGCUAAGGUAGAAUGUGACCUUCAAACCCUGUCUCCCAGACAUGAUGACACAGGGGAGAGGGGGACUUUGGGAAGGCACCAGGAGAAAGAUGCUCUGGUUUUUCCUCACCUACCUUUUCCUUCUGGCUUUACCGUGCACCGGCUUUCUCCCCAACUUCUGGUCUCGAGUAUUAACUUUGUCCUGGGACUCGAAAACACACCAGUACAUCACUGAGCAGGCCAUUCUCAAUGUCACCAUGGAGAAUUUGAAUCAGGAAAACCAUGUAGAGAAGACCACUCUGGGCCGUAGCUUCUGGAGAGCUGUUGGAGAGGUGGUAAAAUCCAAUGCAGCCAUGGACUUCCUGAGCUCCACCAGAGCUGACCCAGUGUACCACUUUGACUCGGAGCGUGUGAACAGCUCUAUCGUGAUGUUGCGACAGUUCUGGGCUCAGACUCUGCUGUCAGUACGGGCAAAAGAGUACCAGAGUGCUCGCCACAGCUUGGGCCAGCUAUUUCACUCCCUGCAGGACUUCUACAGUCACAGUAACUGGGUUGAGAUGGGCCAGCGUUCCAUUUACCUUCACCUGCUACAGCCAGAGGAGCCUUCCAUCCCUGUGGCAAAGGAUGACACUCCUACCUGUAUGGAAUGUUUCAGUGUGACCUGUCGAGAUAACCUCCUGCCAAGAUUGACAAAAACACAGCAAGACUCCCCGCUGCUCACUACUGGCUACUUCAGCACUUUCCCUCUCAAACCUCAGGGCAAAUGUAGUCAUGGAGGUAUUCUGGACAGUAGCCGCUACAUGGGGGCCAAAGGGGGCAUCAACAAGGACAGCACCUCACCUAUCUUCUCCCCUCACCAUUACCUCCAUAUGCAAGCGGCCACUUUGGCUACUGAGGCUACAAAGAGUGUACUGAGGGACCUAAAAGACACAGUGGGUCACAAAACCUUCCUGAGACUUUUCAGUGUGGAGCAGGUCCCUGCAUUGGUAUUUGUCAUGGACACGACAGGAAGCAUGUUUGAGGAGAUCACUGCGGCUCGCCUCCGGGCCCACUCAAUCAUCCAAACCAGAGCCCACAACCCUGGACAGCCUGGCACCUUUCUCCUGGUGCCUUUCCAUGAUCCAGAGGUUGGACCAGUGUUUGAGACUGACGACCCAGACCAAUUUAUGAUGCACAUGGAGAAUCUGAUAGCACUAGGAGGAGGUGAUGAGCCAGAGAUGUGCCUGUCAGCUGUUCUGCUGGCCCUCACCCACAGCCCACCAUUGUCAGAUAUAUUCGUGUUCACUGAUGCUUCCCCUAAAGAUGCGCACUUGUUUGAUGCAGUAAAGGCCCUAGCACUGGAGAAACAAAGCAAGGUUACUUUUCUGCUUACUGAAGACCCAAGCUACUUAAAAGACAGCAGAAGAAGAAGAAGAAGGAGGAGGAGGAGCAGGAAACCUUUGUCUCCUGAUCGUUUUUCUCUCUACUAUUCCCUGUCAUCCCUGUCAGGAGGGCUAACGAUUUUCACCACCAACUCUGACAUCCACAAAGUCUCUACUAUAGUAGAGGAUAACACAGCUGUCAACAAGGUGACUCUCCUACAUGUGAAGAGUGACCAAGAGCUGAUGUCCUCCCAUUCAUUCACAGUUGACAGCUCAGUAAAACACAUCACACUGCACAUCACUGGUAUUCUGAGUGAAUGUAUCCUUACCAACCCAUCAGACCAAAGCCAGUCUUUGUUGAGAGAAAGGAGACCUCUGGCAGAUUUGCAGCAUUUUGAGGGUCUCUACCGCAUCACCCUGCUCUCUCCUAUACAGCCAGGCCAGUGGAAACUUCAAGCCAAGAGUGAUGGGAACCUCACAUUCAGUGUAAUAGGUGACAGCAGCGUAGAUUUCCUGUAUUAUUUUGCCACCGUAACCAAUGAGACACAUCCAGGUCUGGCAAGAGUGGAGGGAAGUCCAGUGGCUGGUGUCCCUGCAUUCCUGGUGCUGGCUGUGACAGGCCUUACUCCAGAUGAGGAGGUGUCUUUUAGUCAUGUGAUGCUGAUGGGAGCUGAUGGGGAGAACAUCCAGCAGGUGAAGCUGAACUCCUCCUCCUCCCCUUCAUCAUCCUACUCCGUAGAGGAGCUGGUGGGCUGGGUGGAGUCUGUCCCCAGAGUACCCUUUAGUGUUCGACUACUAGGCCAGGACAGCAGAGGAAACAAGCUGGAGCGGGUUUCCACAGAGAUGAUUCAGCCCACUCAAGUUCAGAUACAGGUGCUUUCUCUCCCGCGUCUGGUACCAGGUCACAGCACAAUGGUGGACUUUGAAAUCAUGAACCAUGGCCCAGCCCGUCUUUUCAGUCUAACUGGUGAUGACAACUAUGGGUAUUUUCAAAAGAAAGGAAAUCACAGGUUCCAUGUUGCAGAGCAAGGGUCUUUCCGUGGUCAGGUGGAACUCCAUACUCCUGCCACAGCGCAGGCAGGAGUGACUGUCACGCUCACACUCACUGUCCGUGCUCAUGACUCUCCAGACUCAAACUACGCAGUGGCCUACUUGACUGUGAUCCCACCAGACCCUGACAUUUCCCCACCGUCCUGCUCCACAGCACAGAUACUGUCUGCCUGUUCUUCCAAUUGCAGUCAGUCUAACUGGAGUGUAUCUCUGGUCGUGUCUGACAUGGGGCGCUCUGGUCUUGCUUCCAUCCUGCUUCAGAAGGGUGAAGGCAUUCUUACGUUAUUUCAAAUUCCUCCACCCAGUGAGAACAGUAUGCAUGGGGCAAAGCCCAGCCCUAACCAGCAGCAAGCAAACAUGAACAACAGAACUACUGGAGGCUACCACCAUCACCACAAGGCCAGACUGGAGAAAGGUGACCCCCUUUUGAAUGUGUCUGAGUGGGCACUGGAUUCAUCUCAACCACUGUGGGUGUGGUACAAUUCCAGCUGCUGCUCUGCCCAGGCAGAAUUUCUGGUUUGGGACACAGCUGGAAACAUGAAACGUUGCCAUCUAACAUCUGGCCACCAGAGGCAGCAAAGAGACAUGAGCACAGACGCCAACAGAGCUGGACAGAAUACUAACACUGGGCUGUUUUCUUUUGUUAUUGGGUCUACAGUGGUUUUAUUGGCUUUAGGUUGAUUCGCUUACAAAUGUUUUGCAGCUCAAAGUAUUCUUUGUGUUGAUCGCUGGAAUCCAGUGACCUACCAAAGAUUAAAAAACAUAAAAGUUGUAUUUCUUUGGAGGACCGACCCUGAUAAAAUCAGGGAAAAGAAGUGCUAAAAAAUACACACUUUUGUGUGUGUGUCUAUUUUGACUCUUUAUGUUGUGGUUAAUGUCAUUCUUAAAGACAGAUCACUGAAAAAUAUGAAGUCUUGUGUUUUCAAUAGCCGGGAUUUGGGAGGGAAAAGAAGGGAGGGAUUUUAUUGUACAGUAGAGCUAUUUUACCUCUAAAAUGUGAUGGACGCCCUCGUAAAGCAUGCGUACCUGUUUUCUAUAACAGGUUUUCACAGGAACAGGAAGUCCUGGGUUUGCAAAUAAAAAAGAAAUACUUUUGGGCAGAUUUUCUUUAAAGUAGAGUUGUUUAAAUGCUGAAAAGACGUCAUCUGAAUACAGAUCUUGAAGCUUUUAAUUCUCAAAUGUUGCCAGUCAAUGAUUUUUUUAUCUAGUAAUGCAGAUUUAAAAGCUAGAUUGGAGUGAAUAGAUGAAUUUAAAGAAAAGGAGAUGCUGAAUAGCGCAGACAUACUGUACCUCAGAGGCAUUUUGGAAUUUGCAAGAUAUUUUUUAUUUCACAAGGCUUUUCCUUUCCAAAGGAAAGAAGUUAUAAUGGCGUCUGCCUGCUCGAAAAAAUUAUUUGGGAAUUAAUUAAGGGAAUGCAACUGAAAUGAAUGUUAAACAUUUUGGGAGAAUAUUAAUUUCAGCAGCAGAGAGAGGUAAAGACAUCCAGCAUUUAAGCCUAAGUGCUGUCUGAGACAUGAAAGGGGGGGGAGAAUAACUUUGAAAAUGUAUGGGUAACACUGACACCCAGAUACACAAAUGUUUUUGUGGCCUUAAAAGGCAGGAGGGGGAUUGAAAGAGGCUGAUGGGAAAUAACAGAAAAACAUUUAGUUUAUAACCUCUAAGGUCAUGCCAGUUGUUAAGUUUGAAAGACAUGUUUUAAUUCAUUGGUGUUCUAUUGAGACAUGGCCCUUUGGUCGUUUGUUCGGUAGGGGGGUCACUGAUAUUAAUCACUAUUGUUUUAGUGCCAUGCAAUUGCAGCCUCAAAAAAGUGCUGUAGCACCUCCAGCACCCUUACUUCCAUCGUCCAUGGAACAGUUAUUGCACAAUGAACGGGACCUUAAGUGUGUAGGGAAAGGAAAGUAGGAAAAACAUUUUUUUUUUUUUAUUAGAAAAUAAAAUGAAAGACACCACAGAUCUAUUUGGGUUCCUGGCUUGAAAAAUGAGGACAUCUGUUCUUCUGAUGAUCAUGAGUCUUGAUAAAAUGUGCUUAUUCCAGUCUUUUCCAUUUCUGCUUUCACUGUAACUUUGAAGUUAUAUUCACAGCAGACUUUUGUUUCACAAGUUGUUUUAUAGUCUAAUGCAAAGAAUGUGUUUAAAUGUGUGUAGUAAAAACACACUUGAUUCAAUAAGUAAAAUAAA